GUAAAGAUAAGGUUAUAUAGUAUUACUGAAACAGUGAAACAACAACAUCUCACGCACUCGCUGCCCUCUUUCAUUAGCAACCCUUGUUCCCUUUUUCCCACUCGUGCACGCAACUUCUGUCACUCCCCGUGUCUCACUGCAUCACUUGAGGAGAGAAGAAGAGAGUGCGAUGGCAGCGUAACUUGAAAACAAAAAAAAAGAGUGUUCAUCUCCCCAUCACUACCAUGGCAGCUUCCUCGACUUACGUGGCGGGACACAGCGAGGACUGACCUGGAUAAGCUGGUGCCUGACUUGCCAUCUGGACCACUAGACAAAUACCGUGCUGGCGCGUCUUUCAAUUGGAAGGAGAUGAAGGCAUACAUUGAUCCUCCUCACAUCAUUGCUUUCAAGAACAGCCUGUACAAUUUCAUGGAGGGCGACCCAGUGUUCCACCGCACUGGGGGGGACCUCACGCUGGAGGAGGAGCGCUCUGUCACCUUCAGACGAGUCAAGAAACUCCUCAAUUCAAAGUUUAGUGAUGAGAAGGAGAUGCUCGUUGACUAUAGAAAGCCCUCUGCCAUGACUGCUGUGGUGGGGGAGUAUGACUUUUCCCUGGCAGCCAGACAGGGACUCCUCACCACCUUUAUUGCAUCAGGGAUCCUUGGCCAGGGCACUGAGAGGCACUACAAGUAUCUGGCGGCACUCAAGAAGCAGGAGAUGGGUGGGUGUUUCUGCCUGACUGAGGUGUCCCACGGCUCCAAUGUGCGAGGGAUGCGGACUGAGGCACGCUAUGACCCUGCCUCCCAGGCCUUCAUCCUCCACUCUCCAGAUUUUGAGGCGGCCAAGUGCUGGGCGGGAAACUUAGCUAAGACAGCCUCACAUGGUCUCGUGUUUGCCCAGCUGUACACUCCAGAUGGCGUGUGUCACGGCCUCCACUGCUUCAUUGUGCCACUGCGAGACCCUCACACGCUGCAGACCUACCCAGGCAUUACCAUUGUGGACAUGGGGCACAAGAUUGGCCUUAAUGGGAUUGACAAUGGAGUGAUGAUGUUUGACCACUACUCAGUUCCUCGGGAGAACUUACUGAACCGUACUGGUGACGUGACUCCUGACGGUACCUACGAGACGCCCUACAGGGACCCCAGCAAGAGAUUUGGCGCCUCGCUGGGGAACCUGUCUGUGGGGCGAGUGGGAAUCAUAGGGUUUGGCGUGGUGUACCUCAGGAAGAGCAUCACCAUCGCUAUCCGCUAUUCAGCCGCACGGAAGCAGUUUGGGCUAGCGGAUAAGGAGCUGUCUGUCAUUGAAUAUCCACUACAGCAAUGGCGUCUGUUCCCGUACAUCGCAGCCACUUACGCAAUGGACACCUUUGCCAAGACUUUCGCCAAGCACUUCUUUGAGUUCCGCAUGGAGUCGCUGCAGCCAGAGGACAAGGACAGGCUGGCACUGUUUGGCCAGGAGGUGCAUGGCCUGUCCUCCGCUGGGAAGCCUCUGUCUGGGUGGCUGGCCCGAGACUGCAUUCAGGAGUGUCGAGAAGCUUGUGGUGGACAUGGCUACUUGAAAUGCAGUGGUCUGGGCAUGCUGCGGGACGACAAUGACGCUAACUGCACUUAUGAAGGCGACAACAACAUCCUACUGCAGCAGACUAGCAACUGGCUGCUCGGGGUGUGGGCCAACAGGGCUGAUGCUGCUACCUGUCUCUUCCCCAUGCACACCACGGAUUACCUGCAGCACGCCGACCACCUCCUCUCCCACCCAUGGACGACCUCCCCCAUCACUCCACACUCCACUAACAAGGAGCUAGUGAGUGUGUGUCGCCAAGCCCUGCAGUGGCUGGUGUGCUGGUUGUGUCUCCGGACCAGUGCUGAGUUAGACGCCCGCACUGCCUCAGGACAAGACCAGUUCACUGUGCGCAACAACAUUCAGGUCUAUCUGGCCCACACUCUCUCCCUGGCAUAUGUCAAGCAAGUGGUACUGACGUGGUUUGAGGAGUGGGCACAGGAGGCACCAGCCAGUCUGCAGCCUGUCCUAUACCGCCUGUGUGCGCUGUACGGUCUCACCCAGAUGGAGAAACACAUGGUACCUCUUGUUGAAGGUGGGCUGGUGGUGGACCGUAGCCUCAUCACAACAGCACAGCAACACAUCCGGCAGCUGUGUGGGGAACUGCUGCCAGAUGCUGUGGCUCUGGUUGACUCCCUGGCACCUCCUGAUUUCUUCCUCCACUCAGUGCUUGGCAACGCUGAUGGCAAGGUGUACCAGCACAUGAAGACGGCAAUGUUUUCUGCACCAAACGCAACAAGUCGGCCGCAGCACUGGCAGGAGAUGACCUACGCUGCCCCAACCUCAAAGCUGUAGUGAAUCCCCCACUCGUGUGUGUGUGUGUGUGUGUGUGUGUGUGUGUGUGUGUGUAUACCAAGCCAACAGCUCCCAUAGAGGGUGGUGGAGACAGGACACAGUCACACACUUUAUCACAUUCAAACAUAAGAUAUAAACUGGUAACUGCUGGUUGAUAGAUAUAUAUUUUAUGAAAUCAUAUUAAGAUAUUUGUGAAUGUAUAGUGGUGUAUUUCAUCACUAGUUUGUUGAUAGAUAUAUAUUUUAUUAUUAUAUUGAAGUAUUUGUGAAUGGUGGUGUGCUUUAGUGGUGUAUUUUGUCAUUAGUAUAUUUGUGGAAGCCUUUUCAAUACAAAUGAAUUGAGUGGGGGUGGAAACAAGGACACAGGAACAGGUAUAUAGGUGUAAAGGGAAAAUAUUCAUAAACUUGUGUUCCUGUGCCUUGGUUUGCAUCACAAGUAGAUUCAUUUGUUGGUUUUUAAAGUUUUGGUGCUGAACUGCAAGGUCAUCAGGUAAAUUGCAAUUAUAGAUAUAUAUUAGAUUUUAAUCCUGAAGGUGGGCAUGCCAGUGUCUCAGUGCUGUGUUGAGUGGUCUAGGCAUGGCCACUGUAGUAGUUAGUUGAAUUAACAUGCAUACCUCACAACAAAGAUAACCUCGAAUUGAUUCCUUAGUGUGGCAAAGCUGUUCAAAGGCAACAAGAAAGUGGAGAUGUGAGUCAAGGGUUGUAGCAUCUGUCCCAGUGUGUGGUGUGGGAGUGUUGCACUUUUGGCCAGAGAACCUCACCAGGUGCUCUGAGCUGCUCAUGUAGGGGGACUUGCUCUCCACACACACACUGUCUACCAGUGCGUGCGAACAGUACACAGGCAGCAUGUAUUAUUGUAACAAAGUUGACAUUAUUUACCAGUACUCACCUUUGCUACUUGUAUUCCUGAGGCGGUUUGACAGUACACUAAGUCAUUCCUUUUGGCUGACUUGCCAAGACUCGAUCAUAACCCCCAAAAACAAAGUAAGACUAGGGAAAGAAGAAUCAAGGUGCUGGUUUUAUUUACAUGUCUGCCUGUUUAUAUAUACAGGUAUUUCUAUUGUAUGUAUAAGGCUGUUUAUGUAUACAGCUACUUCUAUUGGUGUAUAUGUAAAGGUGUGUUCACACAAUCGAACAAUGUUCGACGGACAUAAUUGUUACCAACUAGCAGUGGAAAGCGAAAAGGCUCGCUGAUGACGUCAGAAGCGAGCACCAAGUGGUGUACCGGACACUGUCCGUGUUCGCAGCAUCGAAACGUCACACAGUCUGAAUUAAAUGCCUGAAUUACCAACGGACAUCACCUUCGAACAUUUUCCACCGGUCUAUGCCCUGUGAGCAGAUUCGAAACGGUAGUAAACACCCUCGUCUGGUACCACUGCUUGUUGCCAGAUCCGCUUCCAUCGUUUCACCGUUUAUGGCAUCAUCCUGCUUCUCCUGUGAUAUGGUAACGAUUUUGUCCGUCGAACAUAGUUCGAUCGUGUAAACGCACCUUAAGGCUAUUUAUAUAUAGUUAUUUCUAUUGAUGUAUGUAUAUGGCUAGCUAUUUUUAUUGAUGUAUGCAUUUAGCUAUCAGUCUGGAAACUCAUUCUUAGGGACAGCACAGCAGAAGACUCAGUGUACUCUUGGCCUUGCAUGUUAAUCUUCUCAUCCUAUUUAUUCUCUCAUAUGAAAAGUUUUUCCUCUUGGCCUUUCAUGUUAAUCUUUUCAUCCUCUUAGUUCUCUCGCACUAAACCUUUUCCCACUUGGCCUUACAUGUUAGUGUUCUCCAUUCUCUGUUCUUUCAUACUAAAUCUUUUCCUAAACUUUUUUUUCUUCUUGGUCUUGUGUUAAUAUUUUCAUCCUCUUUGUUCUGUCAUACUAAACUUUUCUUUUUGGCCUUGCAUGUUAGCCUUCUCUGUGUUCUCACAUACCUAACCCUUUUCCUUACUACAGUUCACCACUUUUCCUUUGCACUGUUGUAUUGGUAGAAACUCAUAACCACUCUUGUUUUUCUUCUAUUCACUCCACAGUAAUUCAUUCACUUCUGUUUGACAAAGAUGUGAUACUUUUGUUUACUAACUGCCCAUUUCUCCUUCCCUUUUAUUCACCAUACUCACUCUCUCUCUC